AUGAAAUUCAACACUCAACUCCUUCCUUGCUUGCUCUCACUUGCAGCUCCAAUUUGGGCUAAAUUUGAAGAUACUACCCCACCCAUUGAAAUUGUGGGCAACAAGUUUUUUUACUCCAACAAUGGUUCACAGUUUCUUAUGCGUGGUAUUGCUUACCAAGAAGACACUGCAUUAAUCUCCAACUCCAACCUCACAUAUAAAGACCCUUUGGCUGAUGUUGAAGCUUGUAAACGAGAUGUCGAGCAUUUUAAAGCUCUAAAUACCAACUGUUUGCGGGUAUAUGCAAUUGACCCCGAUUUGGACCAUGAGGAAUGUAUGCAACUUUUAAGUGAAGCUGGGAUUUAUGUUAUUGCUGAUUUAUCACAACCGCAAACUUCAAUCAACAGGAACGAUCCUCUGUGGGAUUUAGAUCAUUAUGAGAGAUAUACUGAAGUUAUUGAUAAAUUGAGCGAAUAUUCCAAUGUAUUGGGGUUCUUCGCCGGUAAUGAAGUUACCAACAACAGAUCAAAUACUGAUGCUUCACCAUUUGUUAAAGCUGCAGUUCGAGACAUGAAGAAAUAUAUUGAUGAUUCCGAUGGAAUGAGGAAAAUCCCUGUUGGUUAUAGUUCAAAUGAUGACGAAGACACCAGAAUUGCCAUUGCUGACUAUUUUGCUUGUGGUUCAGUUGAAGAAAGAGCCGAUUUCUUUGGGAUCAAUAUGUAUGAAUGGUGUGGAAAUUCAACGUUUGCCACUAGUGGGUAUCAAGAUAGGACCGAAGAAUUUGAACAUUUGCCAGUGCCCAUCUUUUUUUCAGAAUAUGGAUGUAAUGAAAAGAGACCACGUCUCUUCACUGAAGUUCAAACAUUGUAUUCACCAUUGAUGUCAGAUGUUUGGUCUGGCGGUAUUGUUUAUAUGUAUUUUGAAGAAGAUAACGAAUAUGGUUUGGUAUCAAUUAGAGGGUCAUCAGUUUCCAUCUUGGACGAUUACAAAUACUACAGUUCAGAAAUUAACAAUAUUAGUCCUAGUUAUGCCAGAGCCUCCAAUGAAGACACCGCUACCCUGACCAUUACAUGCCCAGACACGGACAGUUCAACUUGGCAAGCAUCAGCAGAUUUGCCUCCAACUCCAGACAAAGAUUUCUGUGACUGUAUUGCCAAAUCUUUUGAUUGUGUGGUUGCCGACGACGUAGAUGAAGAAGACUACGGUGAAAUUUAUGCUGAAGUUUGUGGAAGAAUUGAUUGUUCCGAUAUAAGUGUCAACGGAACUUCGGGUGACUAUGGUGACUAUUCCUUUUGCUCCCAUCGUGACAAAUUAUCAUUUGUUUUGAAUUUGUAUUACCAUGGCCAAAAUGAAAACAGCAAUGCUUGUGAUUUCAAUGGAAGUGCAUCAGUUAACAGGAACGCUGAAUCAACUUCAAGUUGUGGGGUUGGCUCAAGUAGAAGAUCUCAAGGUACUGGUACUGCCAGUGCAACUAGUAGCAGCAAUUCUCAGUCAACCGCUUCGGGAUCAAGAUCAAACACCAACGCUGCAAACAACAACAAUGUUUCAAGCAUGUCCAGAUUCAAAUUAUUUUCCUAUGUUGGACUAGUAACUACUCUUGUUGGUGGCGUUUCAUUCAUUUUUUAA